AAAAGUAUGAACUUGUGUAUGAUUUCUGCAGGAAGCAUUAAGAAGGAAAAACACUGCAAACGGGACGUGCAGCUUUCAAUCUUACAGUGUAAGGGACGAGUUCCUUUCUGGCUCCUCAGAAGAGGACUUUUCCCACCGGGUCACAUUUUUUUUCAGCUGCGGUCCCUCACUCUGGAGACUUGUCUUCCUAAUACAAUCCGGAUUUUUACUGUUUUUCACUCUUCCUCUCUCUCUCUCUCUCUCUCUCUCUUUGCGCUGGGUGUAAUUUGUGUGUGGAGGCUCGAAAAAAAUAAAAUAAAGGCGACACCACAACAACAGGGGGACGCGGAUUCGCUUCGGGAAUACCGCUUGGAGAUCGGCAAAACCAGGAUCCCACAUAAUGAAAGCCGCCUUGGAAUUCUGCUUGGUCCUCCUGACGCUGCACUCUCCCGGCGUGCUGUCCCUGUCCACACAUGUAGCAAUUGUUUACCCCCAGGACCCUGUGCUUCGCAUGGGGUCCAACCUGACCGCCAGCUGCUGGAUCCACCCUGACCUCGGGCUCCACGCCAACUCUCUUUUCUGGACACUGAACGGUCAGCAGCUUCCCGGCUCCCUUUACAAAGUACUGAGCCCGACCAACCUGAGCCUGACGCUGGUCGGGCUCAACGCCUCCAGGCAAACUUCCGGCGACAACCUGGUCUGCCACAACCACAAGGGACACAUAUUAGCAGGCUCCUGUCUGUACGUUGGGAUGCCUCCAGAGAAACCGGUCAAUCUGACCUGCUGGUCCCGGAACACCAAAGACCUGACGUGCAGCUGGGCCCCUGGAGGAAGAGGAGAGACUAAUAUCAGCACACAGUACAGGCUUAAGUACAAACUCAGAUGGUACGGUACCGAGAAGGAGUGUGAGGACUACAGCCACAUGCAGCCGUAUUCUUGCAGCAUCACCCAGGACCUGCACCUCUUCACGCCGUAUGAGAUCUGGGUGGAGGCCUCCAACCGGCUGGGCCGGGCUACCUCCGAUAUCAUCAUCCUUGACAUCCUAGAUGUGGUGACCACAGACCCUCCGUCAGGUGUGACCGUCAAUCGCGUUGGCCAGUUGGAGGACCAGCUUAGUGUUCGCUGGGAGGCACCACCGGCUUUGAAAGACUUCCUGUUUAAGGCUAAAUACCAGAUCCGCUACAGGCUGGAGGAGAGUCAAGACUGGAAGGUGAUGAAUGAUGUCGGAAAUCAGACGUCGUGCAGACUGGCAGGGCUGAGACCAGGAACGGUAUAUUUUGUCCAGGUUCGGUGUAACCCCGUGGGUAUCUACGGCUCUCGCAAAGCUGGGAUCUGGAGUGAGUGGAGCCACCCCACAGCUGCUUCCACACCCCACAGUGAGCGACUGAUGUCCUGUGACUCAAAGUCCAGCGGUGACUCCAACUCCACCCUGCGGCGGGAGCUGAAGCAGUUUCUCGGCUGGGUGAAGAAGCACGCCUACGGCUGCAGCAGCAUGUCCAUGAAGCUGUACGACCAGUGGAGGGUGGAUAUGCAGAAAUCGCCAAAAACACGCAACCAGGUAGGUUCUCCAAGGGGAUAAGUCGUAGCACAUGCUGGCUCUGCAAGCAGAAAAGAACUGAGUGAAUGCAGUUUGUGUUUGUGUUAUUUUAUUUUAUUUUUUUUCCAUUUUUGCCUAUUUGUGUGAAUGAGAAAAUCGAGCAAGACAAGAGACUGCAUUCUUAUAUUGAAAAUGUAAAAGACGAUUUGCUUCAGAAAAAAUCCAAAGGGAAAAGGUGGGAAACACGUCCUUUCUGCAUCCCUUCCAGUCGAAAUGGGCACGUAUAACGGAGCGGUUUUACUCAUUAUGGACACUGCAAAAAAGAAAGUACGUGGACACAAACCACAUGGUAGCAUGAAGAUGAUGGACAGCAGUAAAGACAUUUGACAUGCAUUUCACCUGAAUGUGCACAGAACCGAUCAAAUCCAAUCCGAUUUUACCUGAAGUGUUGGCUAAAGCACCUAAAAGCCUCAUAGUGGCAUUUGGAGGUUUUUCUUGUCGUUCCAAAGCGCCAUCUAGUGGCUAUUCAGCAUUCAUGAAUUCUCCAAAUGAUCCCCUCUGAGAUCCAGGUGUAAAAACAAAAUGAACAGAUUAUGAUUCAGUAUUUUAACGAGUGCUUCGCUAUAUAGGUGGAUAGUGUGCCAAACUGGUUCACCCAGGAUAUGUCUGUUUCUGAGUGCCAGUAUGUGACUGAUGGUGUUUGUGUUGGCUAAGGAAAGCCUUUAUUUUUGUACUAAAUUGUACUAGCAUAUUUAAAGUAUAAAGCUAUGUUUUAUAGUUCUUAAGUUAAAUUUAGUCAGUAAAGACUGUACAAUGACUGAAAUUGUUAUCAAUCUAACUGUGUUCUAUAAAAAUGUGUUCUAGAAAA